GUAGCAGCAGUGCUGGCACCAGAGAGGAACUCCGCCAUCCCCCCGCAGAAAGAAACCCCCCUAAAAGAGACAGAGACAGAGAGAGGGAGGGAGAGGGAGAGAUUUGGUUACAGAGCAGAGGAGGAUGAGGAUGCAGUGGGAAGGGGAUGUUGCAGAGGAUGCUGCACGGAGGCAAACACAAACAGGACAAGCUGUGUGAUCCAGGUUUCAAGAUGUAGGAGCCGCAUCAGAGGAGCCCUCAGUCAGAGUGUGUGUGAACGCACCAUAACAUCAGGGGACUUGUGUUUCAAGGAUAGUGAAGGUGGAGAGGCGCAACCUGAGAAGACCUCCCCUCCACCUCCACAGAGGAUGACAAAUUAGUCCUUAUUCAGCAAGGAGCAAGAGCAUCACUCCGAGGAUCAGAUGUUGUCCACAGCUCAGCAGAUGCUGCAGGAUAGCCGCUCCAAGAUCGAGCUGAUCCGACUGCAGAUUAUCAAAGUCACCCAGGCUGGCAGCAGCAGUGGCGGCAGCGGCGGGAAUGGUGGCGGAAACCCCAACAGCUCCACUCAUGGAGGCAUCUCUCCGCUCGCCGUCAGUGCUGUGGAUGCUCGUUUGGCAGAGCUGCAGCACUACAUGCAGAGAGAGACAGACGCGUUGGUGCUGGCCAAGGAUGUGGUGAAGCAGCUGGAGGGAAUCUCAUCGCUGGACCAGAAGGCACUGGCUGAGGCUCAGUCCCGAGUGCAGGAGUCCUCCCAGAAGCUGGAUCUUCUGCGGCUUUCUCUGGAGAAAUGCAUGAAGGAAAAGAGCCAGGAGCCUCUACAAGAGCCUGAAGCGGGGAUCGACCCUUCAGAGGGAUCCUUGUCCCCCCACCAGUCCAGACCUGGAUGUCCACUGUCCACCUCCCCGUCCAUCUUCUCUAUCAGACCUGCCUCCUUGACUGGCAAACUUGAAGUCAGACUUCUUGGAUGUGAGAAUUUAUUGACACCUCGAAUAAACCAAGAGCAGGAAAAUCAUCUGAGUGCAACUGAGGACGGCUCAGCUGCUGCUCACAAGACAGACGGAAACGCUGCGGAGAUCAGCGCGGUGCUCAGGCUGGACACCAGAGUGGUCGGCCAGACACGCUGUGCAGCUGUCAGCAGGCUGAACUGGGAUCAGACGUUCUGCAUCCAGCUGGAGAGGUCUCGGGAGCUGGAGGUCUGUGUCUUCUGGCGGAACCGGAGGGCAAUGUGUGCCGUCAAGUUCCUGCGACUAGAGGAGAUGAUGGACAACCCGAGCCACGACCAGGAGUUCAGUCUGGAGCCGCAGGGCUGCCUCUACGCCAAGCUUCAGUUCAUCGACACUGUUGUUGAGCGGCAGCCGAAACUGAGACGUCAGCGAUGUAUCUUUACUAAAGAGCGAGGGAAGAACUUCCUCCGGGCGGCUCAGAUGAACAUGAACUUUGCCACGUGGGGUCACCUGAUGAUGAGCAUCCUCCCUCGCUACAGCUCAUUCACCACAUUCAGCUCAACUCUCUCCACGACCCCUGACCUGGUGGCCAACAACACGUCGCGUCCCACCGAGAAGGAGCCUCAAACCACCUCUCCACUGCCAAGCGAAGCUCCAGAAAUCAGACUCAGCGUCACUGAGGAUCAGCCGUCUCCCACCAGCCUCGACCUGGGAGACAACACUCCCACCAUCAUCACCACGGCACACAAAACAUCAUCUCUGACUGCAUCUCAAGAAGCACUGUCGUCCAUAAACAACACAGAAGGAAGUGAAGACCAGCCUGUAUCUGCUCUAAAGAUGCAAAUGGACGAUUUUAAAUACAUGUCAGUUCUGGGCAGAGGACACUUUGGGAAGGUCCUGCUGGCAGAGUUUAAGAAGACAGGAAGACUGUACGCCAUCAAAGCCUUGAAGAAAAGAGACAUUGUGACUCGAGAUGAAGUGGACAGCCUUAUGAGUGAGAAGAGGAUCUUUGAGAUGAUCAACGCUUCCAGACAUCCGUUCCUGGUGAACCUCCACGGCUGCUUCCAGACCAGCGACCACGUCUGCUUCGUCAUGGAAUAUUUACCAGGCGGCGACCUCAUGAUCCACAUCCACAACAAUGUCUUCACCGAGGCGCAGACCAGGUUUUACUCAGCAUGUGUGCUGCUGGGUUUAGAGUUCCUACAUCUGAAUAAAAUCAUCUAUCGAGAUCUGAAGCUGGACAACCUGCUGAUGGAUGCAGACGGGUUUGUGAAAAUCACAGACUUUGGACUUUGUAAAGAAGGGAUGGGUCACGGCGAUCGGACCUCGACCUUCUGUGGGACUCCUGAGUUUCUGGCUCCUGAGGUCCUGACAGACGACAACUACACCCGGGCGGUGGACUGGUGGGGGAUGGGCGUCCUCAUCUUCGAGAUGCUCGUUGGGGAGUCUCCAUUCCCUGGUGAGGAUGAGGAGGAGGUGUUUGACAGCAUCGUCAAUGAUGAUGUGCAAUAUCCAGGGUGUCUUCCUCCUGAUGCUGUCUGCAUCAUCCAGAAGCUGCUGAAGAAGAAUCCUCUGAAAAGAAUCGGAGCCGGAGAGAGGGAUGCAAACGAGGUCAAAGGAGAGAAAUUCUUUGAGACCAUCGACUGGGAAGCCCUCCUAGCCAAGAAAGUAAAACCUCCAUUCCUGCCGUCAAUCAAAGAGUCGAUGGACGUCAGCAACUUUGACAGCGAGUUCACUCGACUUCAGCCAAUCCUGUCGCCUCCCUCCAAACCCUUCAUCCUCUCUGCCGAGCAGCAGGAAGCCUUCGCAGACUUCGACUUCUGCGCCUUGCACGGGUGAAAGACAAACUCAAAGGACCAGGGUGGGAAAAUUAUUCCAUUUAUUUUGUGGCUGGGAAGCUUGUCCACUUCAGUAGACUUACCAAACAUCAUUAUUUAUUUACAGUAUAGCCAACCCCACUGUUGGGAAGUUAAAUUAUUCAAGUGAGUAGUGACUUUAUUUAUAUGUUUUUUGGAUUAAAAACAUUAAAGGUUUAGCUGUUUAGCAGCAGGA